UGUGGUACCAUCCAACUAUCCUUUCUCUGGCUGCAAAACAGAGAGACGCGGAGAGAAGGCAGAGCAUUUGGCGUAGACGGCUGUUCACCGACAAAAUGGCUGAAGUUGAGGAAACACUGAAGAGGAUCGAAGCCCAUAAAGGUGUGAUUGGAACAAUAGUUGUCAAUGCAGAAGGCAUUCCCAUCAGAACAACUUUAGAUAACUCCACAACAGUUCAGUAUACAAUACUCCUUCGGCACCUCACGAUGAAGGCCAGGAGCACAGUGAGGGAUAUUGACCCCCAGAAUGACCUCACCUUCCUCCGCAUCCGCUCCAAGAAACACGAGAUCAUGGUUGCACUAGAGAAUGACUAUCUGCUGAUAGUCAUCCAGAGCCUAUGUGAAUAGCUUCUGGACAUUUGCAUGAGAGUCAGCCUUUGGUUUGUCACAUGGUGGUUCUUUAUCCAGGCAAAACAUCUUUUUCCACAGUGUUAUGUUGCUCUGUGCACUGCAUAAUCUCUCUUUUGUUCUACUCAGAACUCAAGUGUGUUGCCUUAAUCCUUAAUUACAUGAUCAUUUAAUGUCUGUGUGUUGAUUUUAAAUUUAAAAAAAAUUGAUAUUGAAUAGUAUGAGUUUGUCAUUGUACGGGAUUUACUAAAGCAUUGUCCAUUCUGUUCAUGUACAGAUGGAAUUAAAUGAAAAACCUGAAUAAAAAUACUCUGUAACAUGUCCUGCUUUCAAAAUAUCAGAUGAGUAAAAGUGCUUAAGUGUUAUGAGAAGAAUGUACGUAUGUUUUGUUUGAUACAAGUAGAAGCAGCAGUUGAAUGUUGUUGCUGGUCGAGAUGGAGCUAAUGCUAACUACUUAUGCUGU